AUGUUGGGAUGUAACCUAAAGUCAGGGGGUGGAGGGCUGGGUCUGCAGCCCAGCCUCUACAUGGAACACUUCCUUAGGCAGGAGAGAGCAGACCCCCCUGGACCCAGCUGUGUCUCCAUGAAGAGCGACAUGUCUAUGGAACAACCUAUUAGUUUUCAAGAAGGAAAUCAGCCUACUGAGCCAAGACAACAGCAGGGGAGGUCAACGGUUACCAUUGGUCAGUCUGUCCAGCAGCAACACACAGAGUUGAAGUUUGUUCUGUUACAGCGGAUCAAGGAGAACGCACACGCUUUUCUAGACAAGGAGGUGGAGAAGCUCUGGAGGGUUCUCUUCCCAGAUUACCCACAAUGCUCAGAGAGUCAGAGGGAGGAGGAGGUGCAUGGUGAGGAAGUGGAGCAUAGGAGACGUGCCAGAGAGGGAGUUGUAGAUAUCACACGGCUCUGCAUGAAGCAGUUGAAGCUGGAGGAGCUGGCAGACACGUUGUGGAGCAAAACUGCUUUUGCUGAAUGCCAACAUAAAAUCAAGUCACAUCUGAAGGAGAAGACCAAGUGUGUGUUUGAGGGAAUAGCUAAAGCAGGAGAGCCAAGACCUCUGAAUGAGAUCUACACAGAACUCUACAUCACAGAGAGAGGCAGUGGAGAGGUCAACAUGGAACAUGAGGUCAGACUGAUUGAAACAGCUUCGAGGAAACCAGCCAAGGGGGAAACACCGAUAAAAUGUCAAGACAUCUUUAAACCCUUACCUGGACAAGAAAAAGAAAUCAGGACAAUAAUGACAAAUGGAGUGGCGGGCAUUGGUAAAACCGUCUUAACACGCAAGUUCACUCUGGACUGGGCUGACGACAAAACCAACCACGACAUAGACUUCACAUUUCCCAUCACUUUCAGAGAGCUGAAUUUACUGAAAGAUACAAAGUUUUGCUUGGUGGAACUUAUUCAUCACUUCUUUAUUGAAACCAAAGAAGCAGGAAUCUGCAGUUACGACCGGUUCCAGGUUGUCUUCAUCUUGGAUGGUCUGGAUGAGUGUCGACUUCCUCUAGACUUCCAGAACAACCUGAUCUGUACUGAUGUCACAGAGUCCACCUCGGUGGACGUGCUGCUGACAAACCUCAUCAUGGGCACCCUUCUUCCCUCCGCUCGCAUCUGGAUAACCACACGCCCUGCGGCAGCCAAUCAGAUCCCUGCUGAGUGUGUUGGCAUGGUGACAGAGGUGAGAGGGUUCACCGACCCACAGAAGGAGGAGUACUUCAGGAAGAGAUUCAGAGACGAGAAGAUAGCCAGUAAAAUCAUCUCCCAUGUCAAGAAAUCACGAAGCCUCCACAUCAUGUGUCACAUCCCAGUCUUCUGUUGGAUCACUGCUACCGUUCUGGAGGACUUCUUCAAAACAUCACAGGGUGAAGAACAGAUGCCAAAGACCAUGACUCAGAUGUACAGCCACUUCCUGAGGGUUCAGUCCAUACAGGGGGACAGGAAGUAUCAUGGGAGAGCUGAAACAGAUCCACACUGGAGUUCAGAGAGUAGGGAGAUCAUUGUUUCUCUGGGAAAACUGGCUUUUAACCAGCUGGAGAAAGGCAACCUGAUCUUCUACGAGGCCGACCUGGCAGAGUGUGACAUCGAUAUCAGAGCAGCCUCAGAGUACACAGGAGUGUUCACCCAGAUCUUUAAAGAGGAGUGUGGGCUGUAUCAGGACAAUGUGUUCUGCUUUGUCCAUCUGAGCAUCCAGGAGUUUCUAGCUGCCCUUUAUGUCUUUAAGACCUUCAUCGACAGUGGUGUCAAUCUGAUCACAAAAGAACAACCAUUCAGGUGGUCUACUCUUAUAAGAAAGAAAUCUGAUCUCUUCUACCAGAGUGCUGUGGAUAAGGCCUUACAGAGUGAGAACGGACACCUGGACUUGUUCCUCCGCUUCCUCCUGGGCCUAUCUCUGAAGACCAAUCAGAGUCUCCUACGAGGUCUGCUUGGACAGACAGGAUGUAGCUCACAGACCAAUAAGAAAUCAGUGUCUUACAUCAAGGAGAAGAUAAGUGGAGAUCUCUCUCCAGAGAGAAGUAUCAAUCUGUUCCACUGUCUGAAUGAGCUGAACAACCGUUCUUUAGUGGAGGAGAUCCAACAGUACCUGACAUCAGGAAGACUUUCUGGAGAGUCUCUCUCUCCUGCUCAGUGGUCAGCUCUGGUCUUCAUCUUACUGACAUCAGAAGAGGAGCUGGAAGUGUUUGACCUGAAGAAAUACUCUCCUUCAGAGGAGGGUCUUCUGAGGCUGCUGCCAGUGGUCAAAGCCUCCAAAACAUCUUUGCUGACUGGCUGUCAUCUGUCAGAGAGAUGCUGUGAAGCUCUGGCCUCAGUCCUCAGCUCCAACUCCUCUAGUCUGAGUGAGCUGGACCUGAGUGACAAUGAUCUGCAGGAUUCAGGAGUGAAGCUGCUCUCUGCUGGACUGGGGAAUCCACACUGUAAACUGGAAACUCUCAGGUUGUCUGGCUGCCUGGUCACACAGGAAGGCUGUGCUUCUCUGGCCUCAGCUCUGAGCUCCAACCCCUCCCAUCUGAGAGAGCUGGACCUGAGCUACAAUCACCCAGGAGCCUCAGGAGCUGCGCUGCUCUCUGCUGGACUGGGGGAUCCACGCUGGAGACUGGACACUCUCAGUGUGGAGCAUGGUGGAGAGUGGAGGAUGAAACCAUCUCCACAGAGAUAUGCCUGUGAACUCACACUGGACCCAAACACAGCCCACAGACGACUCUCUCUGUCUGAGGACAACAGAAAGGUGACGGAGGUUAAAGAGCGGCGGUCGUAUCCGAGACACCCAGAGAGAUCUGGCCGCUGGCUCCAGGUGUUGUGUAAAGAGGGUCUGACUGGUCGCUGUUACUGGGAGGUAAAGAGGGAAGGAGGUGUUUAUACUGGAGUGACAUACAGAGGAAUCACAAGGAGAGGAGAGGUUAAUGAAAGCCUGAUUGGAGGGAACAACAAGUCCUGGUGUCUUCAUUGUUAUGAUGAUCAUUACUUUGCCUGGCACAACAAUAUAAAAACAGACAAACGUCUCCCCCCCGCUGGCUCUAACAGAGUAGGAGUGUAUCUGGACCGGCCUGCUGGCACUCUGUCCUUCUACAGAGUGUCCCCAGGUGGAGGAGGGUCCUCAGACACACUGACACACAUCCACACCUUCCAGUCCACCUUCACCCAGGAGUACCUCAUUCUCUCUGAGCGACACAUCCAACAAUCUGAGUAG